AUGGCUCUCUCCCACUGUGUCUGCUGCCCAAAAUUUCCCCAGAGACAGUCCCUCACUUACUUCCUGAGAAACCCACACUAUGGCAGCUUCAUUAAUGCAGACGGCCAUGCUGAAGUAUGGACAGAUUGGAAUGAUAUGUCCAAGUUUUUCCAGUAUGAAUGGAGAUGCACCACUAAUGAGAAUGCCUACUUGAACCAUACUUUGAUGGGCAACUGGAACCAGGAAAGAUAUGACCUAAGGAAUAUCAUGCAGUCAAAGCCCUUACCCACCCAGUAUGGACAUUACUUUGAAACAACAUACAAUGCAAGCUACAAAAAAUGCCACUUUCAACCCAUAGAUGUAAGCGAGUGCCUCACUGGUUCCCAGUACAUAAACCUGAAUUGGAUCCUCCUCUUUACAAAUGCACAGAAAAGUCAACUAAUAUGA